AUAGCCCGUUAACCUAAUCAUCGUCUCUUCGAACUGAUCUUUCAUCGCGUCCAUGACCGAGCGGCCCGGCGGUGAUGUAAUCGGGUCGCGCCGGCGUGGCCUGGGCCUUAGGCCUCGGCUCUCGGGAGCGGCCGCCUCAGAGGUUUUACUGACGCAAAAUAUGGAGACACUGACCACUCCGUUAGCUUUGGGACUAAUGGCUGGAUUAGGGUCUGGUUUGUGCCUGGGUUGGUUAGUUCGUGGGCGAUUUAUUGGAUCAUUUAAAACCAUGCCGUCGGUGCGAAACACGACGAUGGAAACCAGCGUCAUGGGAGAGAGUGGCGAGCACAAAAUGGUUCUGGUGGUUCGCAACGACCUGAAGAUGGGCAAGGGUAAAGUGGCAGCUCAGUGCUCCCAUGCUGCUGUCUCUGCAUACAGGCAGCUCCAGGCACGGAAUCCAGGUCUGCUCAGGCAGUGGGAGUACUGCGGGCAACCAAAAGUGGUUCUCAAGGCACCCGACGAGGAUAGCAUAGUGGAUUUGUUAACGCAGGCCAGGGAGUUGGGCCUGACCGUUAGUUUGAUCCAGGAUGCUGGCCGCACUCAGAUAGCACCUGGGUCACGUACUGUCCUGGGCAUUGGACCAGGCUCAGCAAAUCUGGUGGACAAAGUUACAGGACAUCUGAAACUUUAUUGAAAUGUAUCUGUGCCUCGACUGUCUGGGCAGUUGGACACACUUGUGGAUCUGGAAUCUAUCACCGGGACGUUUCUCAGCAGAUAGGAUCCAGAACCCCGAGUUAGUCCAUGUCAUUUGGCUCUUCUGCUGUGCACUGCAUUCAUUCUUUUUGUGCCUACUGGAUCAUAGCGAUUGUGGAUGAUGCCACGGCCCUCAUGCUUCUGCAGCCUAAGUGACAAUAAGCAAGUGGAGAGCACUGCCCUGCCAAGUGUUAUUCAGUUGGUAAUACCAGGACACUUUCAUUACAGUCUGCAGGUUUCCCUCCAGCUACUGAUGUGGUGGAUAUCCUGCCUCUGGAACCUCCAGCAUCUGCUGACAAAUGGCCUCUUUUCCCCCUCCCACCCCAGUUGGCUCACAUUGAAGCACGCGUUUUAUGCUGGAUGCAGAAAGCUUGACAUUCCAAAACAGCAAACCCUCUCAAAGGGUAGAUCGAGGGUAGAGGCUGCUUGAAAACUCGUCCAGCCUUGCUGUUCAGUACAAUCCUGAGCAACAUGGGCUCUGCAGUAGACAGACAUAAUGCACCUGGGGAGCUAGUUCAUUAAAAUAAAGAAAUGUCAGAAACAUUUACCUCAAGUGGCUUAUUUAUGUAAAGAGUUCCUCUUGAAACAAUGUAGAGUAAUAAAAAAGCUCCAUUAAGGCCA